UAAACGAGCGACCUGCAGAGAAUCCAUGUCUGGCUUCCGCACUCCAGAUCCAUGGGCAAUUCCCUGUUCCCCACUCAUCUCUGCGGUGAUGCUCCUUCUAAACUGAUCGUUGCUCCUCGUAAUUUGUUCUAAGGCAUAGCGGAGUACUCGCCAUCGGCGAACUUAGGAAGUGAGAAUUUCCGAGAUGGCUUUCAUGGCGGUCUUAGAAUCUGACCUUCGCGCUCUUUCUGCAGAAGCUCGCCGUCGGUAUCCUGCUGUUAAAGACGGCGCUGAGCAUGCAAUUCUUAAGCUUCGUUCUUUGUCAAAUCCCAGUGAAAUCGCACAUAAUGAGGACAUAUUGAGAAUAUUUUUGAUGGCAUGUGACGUGAGAACAGUUAAGCUUAGCAUUAUUGGACUCUCAUGUCUGCAGAAACUCAUAUCUCAUGAUGCGGUUUCUCCAUCUUCCCUCAAAGAGAUAUUAUCCACACUGAAGGACCAUGCUGAAAUGGUAGAUGAGGGCGUUCAGCUCAAGACGCUGCAGACCAUAUCAAUAAUAUUCCAGUCACGUUUACUCCCUGAAAAUGAGGAUACAAUGGCCCAAGCUCUUGGUAUCUGUCUUAGGCUUCUCGAAAACUCCCGAUCUUUUGAUAGCGUGCGGAAUACUGCUGCAGCUACCUUUAGGCAAGCUGUGGCCUUAAUUUUUGACCGCGUGGUUUUGGCUGAGUCUCUUCCUGCUGGCAAAUAUGGUUUUGGAAGUCAGCUUUCUCGUACAAGCUCUGUUACUGGUGAUGUUAACCGCAGCAUCAAUUUGUCAGACUCUUUCUAUCACGAAUCUGUUUUUGGAGGGUCACCAUCUAAGAGGGAGACUUUAACUGAAACGGGAAAACUUGGGCUUCGGUUGCUUGAAGACCUGACAUCUCUUGCCGCAGGUGGAUCUGCAAUUUGGUUACGCGCUAAUAUUCUUCAGAGGGCGUUUGCACUUGAUAUACUUGAGUUUGUUUUGUCCAAUUAUGUGGCUGUUUUCAGGACAUUGCUACCUUAUGAACAGAUUUUACGACGAAAGAUAUGUUCACUUUUGAUGACUUCACUUCGUACCAAUACUGAGCUUGAAGGAGAAGCUGGUGAACCCAGCUUUCGUCGUUUGGUCUUGCGGUCAGUUGCUCAUAUAAUUAGGCUUUACAGUUCAUCCCUUGUCACCGAAUGUGAGGUAUUUCUCAGUAUGUUACUGAAGGUUACUUUUCUUGACUUGCCAUUAUGGCAUCGCAUUCUUGUUCUUGAAAUCUUGAGGGGUUUCUGUGUGGAGGCAUGGACACUGCGGAUUCUUUUCCAAAAUUUUGACAUGCAUCCCAAGAACACAAAUGUUGUGGAGGGUAUGGUCAAAGCUCUUGCUAGAGUUGUUUCAAAUUUACAGGUUCAAGAAACAAGUGAGGAGAGCCUAGCAGCUGUUGCAGGGAUGUUUAGUAGCAAAGCCAAAGGUGUCGAAUGGAGUCUGGAUAAUGAUGCUUCCAAUGCUGCAGUCUUAGUUGCCAGUGAAGCGCAUGCCAUAACUUUGGCUGUUGAAGGUCUGUUAGGGGUUGUCUUCACUGUAGCAACUUUAACAGAUGAAGCCAUGGAUAUUGGGGAGCUUGAAUCCCCUAGAUGUGAUAAUGAUGCACCAGUGAACUGGACUGGGAAGACUGCAGUUCUUUGCUAUUCAAUGGUGGACUCUCUGUGGUUGACAAUACUUGAUGCUUUAUCCCUUGUGCUAUCAAGGUCACAAGGAGAAGCCAUUGUAUUGGAAAUACUCAAGGGAUAUCAGGCAUUCACUCAGGCAUGUGGUAUUCUCCGAGCAGUGGAACCUCUGAACUCAUUUCUGGCUUCCCUUUGCAAAUUUACAAUUAAUUUUCCUGUUGAAACAGAAAAAAAGAGUCUUUUGCAGUCUCCUGGAUCAAAGCGGUCUGAAUUAUUGGUUGAUCAGAGGGAUAGUAUUGUGCUUACUCCCAAGAAUGUACAGGCCUUGCGAACUUUAUUCAACAUUGCUCAUAGGUUGCAUAAUGUUUUGGGCCCUUCUUGGGUCUUGGUUUUAGAAACUUUGGCAGCUUUAGAUCGAGCAAUUCAUUCGCCACAUGCCACUACUCAGGAGGUCUCUACCCUAGUCCCCAAGUUCACAAGGGAAUCAUCUAGUCAAUACAGUGACUUCAAUAUCCUCUCUUCCUUGAAUUCUCAGCUAUUUGAGAGCUCCGCUCUAAUGAAUAUAUCUGCAGUGAGGUCACUUCUCUCUGCAUUAUGCCAGCUUUCACACCAGUGCAUGUCCAGUACUUCAAGUGGCCUGGCACCAACCAGUCAAAAAAUUGGAAGCAUCAGUUUUUCUGUGGAGAGAAUGAUAUCCAUCCUUGUGAAUAAUGUUCACAGAGUGGAACCAUUUUGGGAUCAAGUUGUGGGUCACUUUCUUGAGCUUGCCGAUCAUUCUAAUCCACACUUGAGGAACAUGGCACUUGAUGCGCUGGAUAGAUCCAUAUCUGCGGUCUUAGAUUCAGAUCAAUUUCUAGAUAACAAACAAUUUAAUUUGCAUAAAACAUCUCAAGAAAUUGAAUCAAGCACCUCAGAGCUGAGGUCACUUGAAUGUUCUGUCAUAUCCGCGUUAAAGGUUCUUUAUUUUUCUACUCAAAGUGUUGAUGUUCGUGUUGGAUCUUUGAAGAUUCUUCUUCAUGUUUUAGAGAGACAUGGGGAGAAACUUCAUUUCAGUUGGCCUAAUAUACUUGAAAUGUUGAGGUCUGUAGCGGAUGCGCCGGAGAAGGAUCUUGUCACUCUUGGUUUCCAGAACCUUCAAGUGAUAAUGAAUGAUGGACUGUCCACAAUUCCUGCAGACUGCCUUCAUGUGUGUGUAGAUGUGACUGGCACAUAUAGUGCUCAAAAGACAGAGUUAAACAUAAGCCUGACUGCAAUAGGCCUCCUAUGGACAAUGACUGAUUUCAUUGCCAAGGGCCUUAAUAAAAUCUUCGAAAGGAAAGAAAAAGGAAACAGGUGCUGGUUCUCUAGUGAAGCCGAUAGACAGUGA